CGACCAUGGGGGAUUAGCGGGGCCGCUCACCCGUAUAAAGGGAGCGGCCGGCGAAAGAAGCAGACUCCCCUCCUCCGCAUUACCCAAACAACCCCUCGCCUCCAAGGGGCCAAUCAUUCCCUCCGCGCCUCGUCGCCCUCGCGCCGCCUCUCGCCUCUCUCUCCCGGGCGCUGAAGCUUCCGCGCCGUGGGCCGGAAUAUGGCGGGGAAGUCCAAGGGUGGGAAGAACAAGGGGAAAACCCAGGGCGCAAGCCAGGCCGUCUCGGCAGAGCCAGUGGUGCCGGUGGCCGAUGGGGCCGAAGUGGUGAAGUCCGAGAAAGAUGAAGUAAGUGAACCCGCUGCCGUGGAGGGUGCUGCGGCGGAUGUCGAGAGAGUGGAUGGGAAUGCGGCAGUGGCUGCGCAGGCUGCAAAAAAGCCAGCUGAAGGAGAGCUUCAUCUAUACCCUGUGCCAGUUAAGACACAAUCGGGUGAAAAGCUUGAGCUGCAGCUAAGUCCAGGAGAUUCUGUGAUUGAUGUCAAACAAUUCCUCUUGGAUGCUCCUGAAACUUGCUUCUAUACAUGCUACGAUCUGAUAUUGCAUACUAAAGAUGGUUCAACUCAUCAGUUAGAGGACUACAAUGAAAUAUCUGAGAUUGCAGAUAUAACUUCUGGUGGCUGUUCAUUGGAGAUGGUUGCUGCAAUAUAUGACGAGAGGUCUAUUAGGUCACAUCUCCGCCGUGUCAGGGAAAUACUAUCUCUCUCUAGUCUUCAUGUUUCACUAUCCACAUCCCUAGCUCUGCAGCAGGAGUCUGCUCAGGGAAAAUCUGCAGAUGCAGGGAAAACUGUCAUUCAGGAGCUUGACUGUUUAAAUUUUAUGGAGGACACUACUGGUGCUCUCACUAAUUUGUUGGCAUCUGCACCAGCAGAGAUCAAAUGUGUAGAAAGCAUAGUUUUUUCUUCUUUCAAUCCUCCGCCAAGUUAUAGGAGGUUACACGGAGAUCUCAUGUAUAUUGAUGUUGUGACAUUAGAAGGAAACAAAUACUGCAUUACAGGAAGCUCCAAAUCCUUUUAUGUGAACUGUAGCACCGAGAGUAUUUUGGAUCCAAGACCUUCGAAACAGGCCCUGGAGGCCAGCACUUUAGUUGGUCUACUGCAAAAGAUCAGUGCCAAGUUUAAGAAAGGUUUUCGUGAAGUUUUGGAACAUAGAGCGUCAGCCCAUUCGUUUGAGAAUGUUCAGUCCUUGCUUCCGGUGACUUCUUGGUUAGGUGCUUAUCCUGUGCCAGAACAUAAAAGGGAUGCAGCCAGGGCUGAAGAUUCUGUUGUGUUGUCAUAUGGUACUGAAUUGAUCGGCAUGCAGAGAGACUGGAAUGAGGAAUUACAGUCCUGCCGAGAGUUUCCUCAUGGCAAUCCCCAAGAGCGGAUAUUGCGUGGCAGAGCACUCUACAAAGUGACAUGUGAUUUUGUUGAUGCUGCAGUAAAAGGGGCAGUCGGUGUCAUUAAUAGAUGUAUACCUCCAAUUAAUCCAACUGAUCCAGAAUGCUUUCAUAUGUAUGUUCACAACAAUAUUUUCUUUAGUUUUGCUGUUGACUCCGACUACGAACACGUUUCGAAGGACCACAAGCUAGACUGUCGAAAUGGGUCCAGCGGGAGUGCUAAAGUGUCCUCCUCAGACGUAGGGGCUAAACCAGAUAAGAACCAUGUAGCUUCUAGGGAGGCAGCUACUUCAAAAACUGAAGAAUCUGCAGAGGCACAAAUAGCAGACAGUGAGCAGGCAACAUAUGCUUCUGCAAAUAAUGACUUGAAAGGAACUAAGGCUUAUCAAGAAGCUGAUAUUCUUGGGCUUUAUAAUCUUGCCAUGGCAAUAAUUGAUUACAGAGGUCAUAGGGUUGUAGCUCAGAGCAUCAUACCUGGCAUUCUUCAAGGAGACAAGUCCGAUUCCCUGCUGUAUGGUUCUGUUGAUAACGGCAAGAAGAUAUCUUGGAACGAAUCAUUCCAUUCAAAGGUAGUUGAGGCUGCAAAGCGACUCCAUUUGAAGGAGCAUGUGGUUUUGGAUGGUUCUGGCAAUCCUGUAAAACUAGCUGCUACAGUCGAAUGCAAGGGCAUUGUUGGGAGUGAUGACAGGCAUUAUAUUUUGGAUCUGAUGAGAGUGACUCCACGUGAUUCUAACUACAUUGGACAAGAACACCGUUUCUGUGUGUUGAGGCCCGAACUUGUAGCCUCAUUCGUUGAGGCUGAAUCCACAAAGCAGUCCUCUAAGCAGGAAGUUCCAGAUGCUCCGAGUGAAUUUAAUGACCAAGUUGCAAGUACUUCUGAUGCUACGGUUAUAUCUGUGGAAGGAGAUGACAAGUCUGAGGCAAAUUCUACUGUUAAACCUGCUGAAAAUGACUCAAUUGCUGAGAUCCUUUUCAAUCCAAAUGUGUUUACAGAGUACAAGCUUGCUGGUAGUCCAGAGGAAAUUGCCUCUGACGAAGAGAUGGUAAAAAGGGCUGGUACAUAUCUUCUAGACAUAGUGAUCCCAAAGUUUGUUCAGGAUCUUUGCUCCCUUGAUGUCUCCCCUAUGGAUGGACAAACUUUAACCGAUGUACUGCAUCUCCAUGGGAUAAAUGUUAGGUAUCUGGGCAAAAUUGCAGGCAUGAUCAAACAUUUACCACAUUUAUGGGACUUGUUUUCUGCUGAGAUAAUUGUUAGGUCUGCAAAGCAUGUUAUCAAGGAAAUACUGAGGCAAAGCCCAGAUCAUGAUAUUGGACCAGCUAUUGCUCAUUUCUUAAACUGUUUCGUUGGCAAAGUUUUGGAUGCCCCCACAAAGGGUAGUCUUGACAUCACAGUGUCAAAAACUCAGAAGAGUCAUGAAAAUAGUCAAAAUCAUAAAUCCACAAAGGGCCAAAAAUUAAGCCACGGUGCUGCUUCAAGAAAGGGCUUAUCAACAUAUUCUCAUCUAACAACUGAUGGAAUUUGGUCUAGUAUUAAGGAAUUCGCAAAAUCUAAAUAUCAGUUUGAAGUGCCAGAUGAUUCAAGGCUUGUGGCUAAAAGGGUUGCGGUCCUCCGCAAUCUUUGCCAAAAGGUAGGAAUAACAAUCGCUGCUCGCAAGUAUGAUCUGGAUGAUACGACUCCAUUCCAGCCUAUAGAUAUCUUGAAUCUCCAACCAGUUGUCAAGCAUUCAGUUCCUACCUGUACAGAUGCUAAGAAUCUUAUGGAAGCAGGGAAAAUCAGGAUGGCUGAGGGAACACUGAAUGAGGCCUAUGCACUGUUUUCAGAAGCAUUUUCACUGCUUCAACAGAUAACUGGUCCCAUGCACAAGGAUGCUGCAAAUUGUUGCAGAUACCUUGCUAUGGUUCUGUACCAUGCUGGCGAUACAGCCGGAGCAAUUGUGCAGCAACAUAGAGAACUUAUCAUAAAUGAACGAUGUCUUGGUCUUGAUCACCCUGACACAGCCCACAGUUAUGGUAACAUGGCUUUGUUCUAUCAUGGGCUCAAUCAAACUGAACUUGCACUGCGUCACAUGUCCCGCACACUGCUUUUGCUAAGUUUGGCGUCAGGUCCUGAUCACCCGGAUGUUGCAGCAACUCUUAUAAAUGUUGCAAUGAUGUACCAGGAUGCAAGCAAUAUGAAUACUUCUCUUAGGUAUCUUCAAGAAGCACUUAUGAAGAAUGAGCGGCUUCUCGGCCCAGAUCAUAUUCAAACAGCAGUAUGCUAUCAUGCUCUUGCCAUUGCAUUCAGUUGUAUAGGUGCAUACAAGCUUUCAAUUCAGCAUGAGAAGAAGACUUAUGAUAUACUAGUAAAACAAUUAGGGGAUGAUGACUCGCGGACUAAAGACUCAGAAAAUUGGUUGAAUACAUUUAAGCUUCGAGAACAGCAGGUUAACGCCCAGAAGCAAAAAGGCCAAGGAACUAAUCCAUCUGCUACUAUUGAUUUCUUGAAGGCAAAUCCUGCACUUUUACAAGCUAUGAAGGCUGCUGUGAUCCAAUCAGGUGAUGGAUCGGCAAAUGUCAAGAGGUCACUCAAUGCUGCAGUAGUUGGAGAAGGCGUUCCUCGAUUAAGAGGGGUUGAUGAGCGAGCUGCUCGAGCAACUGCUGAAGCUCGGAAGAAAGCUGCUGCAAGAGGCCUUAAUGUGCGUGAUGGAUCUGCUGCCAACAGUGGGUCUGAACUACAACAGAUUCUCAGGCUUCUCAACUCAGCUGCUUCUGCGUCUGCUACCUCUGACACUGCAAACGCUCAGAAAUCGGCAUCUGAUCAGGUGACCAACGGACCUGCUCCAAACGGCACUAUCACGGAAGCAAAUGAUGCAGAUACCAACGGGCAAUCCGCCAAGUCCGGUGGUAACGCCCCAGUAGGAUUAGGGACAUCAUUGGAGUUGAAGAAGCAGAAAUCUAAGCAGAAGUCAUAGAGAAACAGCGGCUACAGAAAGUUGUUUGAAACAAACAAUUUUGGGUUUCUAGGGUGAUUUGGCGGUUCUUUUACCAUAGGAUUUUCACGUCCACAUGGUGGCAAGAGUGAUUUUAUUUAAUUUUUGGUGGGGUUCUUGGGAUGGGUUCAAUAAUGAUUACGAGAUUGAAGACAAUUGUUUUGACAUUGAUAGACCACUGAUGAGACAAAGGCUAAUCCCUGCAACUAAUAAAUCUGUAGUGAAUACCCACUUCGUAAUUUGUUAGGCUCUACUUUUUGUGUAACUAGUUACACUAUUUUGUUUGACUACAUUGGCAGCGAGUUAUCAUGCAUUAUACCCUUC